AAAAAAUGAAAACUUAAACUGGAGUAAGGGAGUAUAUUUGAUUGAAGGGAAACGGAAACGAUGGAUCAGAACUAGGAAUCGGAGCUCCAUUGCCGUCUAUUAGGCUUGCUGCAAGGUUAAAUUGUUGAAAGAAGAAGAUUGGAAGGAAUUUCUUUAUAUAACCUCCCUAGGGCUUCAUCAAUGGGGAAGACCCGGAAGGGGUCCUGUAAUGGGAGCAGCGGCAUCACCAGUUUGCCGGAUUCGAUUAUUUCCCACAUCCUUUCAUUUCUACCGACCAAGGAAGUUGUCGCCACAAGCAUCCUCUCAAAACGUUGGAGAUUUAUGUGGCGUGAUGUGCCCACCCUUAUUUUUGAUGUAGAAGAACAUCACAAAAGGGAUACUUUUGUGAACUUUGUUUACCGGGUAUUAUUUUCCGGUAAAUCUGAAUGCUUGCACAAGUUUCAGCUUGAGUGGGUGUCAUCAGGACCUGGAUUCCAGGCCGUGAAUACAUGGAUCGAUCAGGCUAUCGCCCGGAAUGUUCGAAGGCUCGACCUCGAAGUAAGUAUUGAAUAUGAGGAAGAAGAUUUUAAGAGGUAUGUUCCUGGUAAUCUUUUCACUUGUGGGACACUGGAAUUUCUUCGAUUACGGGGGUCUUUUGGGGUUAAAGUGUCCGGGGUGGUUUGUCUUCCCAAAUUGGAAAUAUUGGAUCUUUAUUCGGUCAAAUAUGGUUCCGACGAGUGUUUCCGUAGACUUAUAUCUGGUUGUCCGGUGCUGCAUUCUCUGAUCAUUGGGAAUGGUUUUGAUGAAAACAUAACAGUCUUUAAAAUUUCGUCCCCUUCAUUAACAUGUCUUAAAAUGGAUUGCUGGUCCGAUGAGUUCCAGCAGGUUGAAAUAGAUGCGCCAGCCCUUCAAUCCCUUGAUUUUCAGAGUUUCGGAUGGAAAGAAUUAUCUGUGAGAUGGCCAACAUCUGUUAAUGAAGUAAAACUCUGUAAUGAUUAUGAUGAUGAAACGGAUCUUAAUAUUGAUCAAAGCAAUUCGAUUGUGAAACUGAUUGAAGCGAUGAGUUCUGUGAGCUUUCUAAAAUUAGGUGAGCUAAUAGUGAAAGAUCUUAGCCGUGCCACAACCCAACUGUCAGCCACGUUUGAGAGAUUGACCCAAUUGGCUAUUGGCUGUGUCUGUUGCCACCGGAAUUCUUUAAAUGUUUUGCUUGAAUGUUCCGUCCAAUUAAAAGUCCUUGAAAUUUCAAAGCGCAGUUGUUUUAGAAAGACUCAUAUGGGUUGUUGGAGGGACCCCGAGCAGGUUCCUAAGUGGUUGCUACACAGUCUACAAGCGUUCUCAUUUACCGGAUUGGAAGGCAUCCCAGAUGAGAUGGCAAUGAUAAUGUAUAUUCUGAAGCACGGUGCAGUGAUGAAAAAGAUUGAACUAGUCUGCAGCGCUCGAUGCCAACUUGAGGUCAAGUUUAAAAUGACUCAAGAGAUAUUAAUGUUUCCUAGAUCUUCCAUCUGUCCUAUCAAAUUUGAUUGAGAUGACUUUAGCGAUAUGCAUCUUUCCAGGUGUGAGUUUAAACAAUCCAUGUGGACAAGAUCUACUUAGUGAGGCCUUCUCCGGAUCCUGUUGCUUCAGCACAGAUAAGCCAGGAACCAGACGUUAAGUCAUACUAAAAUUGGGAACUUUUCAGUAUGGGGUGUGAAAUUUAUGAAGCCCAAAUUUGGCUUUCUCAGGGUAUAUUGAUUUAAUGUUAAUAAAAUGGUUCAUGAUGCUAAAUACAGCACUACAAUGCUCAUCAAUGUAUUGAUCCAUACAUUAUUUGGAUUUUCUUGUUGCUUGUUUCUUCCUAUUCCCUUCGAGAAUAAUUUGAUACUUGACGCUUUCAUUGCCCAGCUCCUUUCCAUGCAUCUUCCUUGCUAAUCUUCUCAGAGUCUUCAGAUAGACUAUUUUUUGUGUGCUUCAUGUGGAUGAUGUAUAAUGCAUUGAAUUGUGGUGAAGGCUUGUCUCAACUCUUGUUUUCUUUCAGUUCUCUCUAUUUUUCAUUUUGAAAUCACGCUAAGAUUUCUUAUUCAUUUGUGUUUGAGAAAUUUCCGUUUCUGUUUUUUCACUUGAAAUUUAUUCCGAGGAGCUUGAAUGCACUGAUUCUUCAGUACUAAAUAUUUUGCCUGUGGCAAAUGAAUAACUUCAAUGACCCCUCAAAAGGUUGCUUUGCAAAACCUCUGUCAUCUUUUAAGAGUUUGUUAAAUUUAUAGGUUUUGCUUUGUGGAUGUGAGCACAUUUCAAAUUCUGUUUUCCACAGCAAAC